AUGAACAGGAUUAGAAAAGAGGACUUAUGCAGCCAGGAAGGUUUGGAAACUCCUCUCGUGUUUUCUUCAGCUGCAUCAUUCAAACAUUGUAUGAAAGAUCAAAACAGAUGGAGCACCGGAAAUGGACGUAACACACGAGCACUAGAACUUUUAGAGAAGUAUUACAAAAUGAAUGAGACAGAACGAAUAGAAAACGAUCGCAGUCCCUUCGGAUUUCUGAUAUCAUGUUCUUUCAAUGGAAAAAAUUGCUCUCAAAAUCAUUUAAGUCAUUUCGCUGACUUUCGUUAUGGUAGCUGUAUAACAUAUAAUAAAAUUCAGAAUGGUCGGAUAAUAGAAGCUUCAAAAUUUGGUGUAGGUAGUGGUUUAGCCUUGACAUUAAAUUUGGAUUCCGCAUGCUAUUUGUUAACAGGAGAAACAGUUGGAGCGAAAAUAAUGAUUCACGAUCCCAAUGAAGAUCCAAACCCGGAAGAUGAGGGAUUUACACUUAGUCCGGGUUUUGAAGUAUUAAUAGCGUUAAAGCAAACUGUAAUGCACAGACUUGAGUACCCAUACAAAGAUCGUUGCAUACACUAUAAACGAAACGAAAAAGAUUUUACUAGAAGUAAAAGAUUUUGCAUUCGGUCUUGCAUCCAGCGACAUAAUUUUGCAAGAUGCAACUGCAUUGAUCCCACUUCAUCAAUAAAGUCUACCUUUAAAUCAUGCAGUCUGACAAACUAUACAGAAGUCUGCUGCUUGAGUGAUGUUUUGAAUGAUUUGUCUCUAACUAAAUUAACCUGUGACUGUCCUUUACCAUGUAUAUCUGUCUAUAAUAAAAGAAAAAUAUCAAAAUCGCUUUUGUCUUCUGAAGCGUUCUCUCGUAAUCCUCUUGUAAAAAAUGUGAGCAAAAGUAAGAUUCUAUUGCUCAACGUGUUUUAUUCAAGCUUCGAAAGUUAUACAUAUCAUCAGCAUCCUAAAUAUGAAACUACAAAACUUAUGAGCUAUAUUGGAAGCGAGUGCGCACUAUGGUUGGGACUGUCGUUUGUUGCAUUUUGCGAUAUUAUAGAAAAACUAGCAAUCUGUGUGAAAUAUAUGUAUAUUAAGUUAUUUAAUCAACAUUUAUCAGCGAUACAUGAUAGUGAUGAAAGACGAUAG